GAAGAGCGAGGGAUCCGCUCGUUCUGGAUUUGAUAUUUGAUCUUGUAGUCUGUACUUUGAAACUACUGAUAAGACUUGUUCUUUAAAUCCGUUUUGACCUCUCACCUCUUGUUGUUAGUAGAGAAAGGAUACACAAAAAUGAGGGCAGUGAAGGAGAAAGUGAGUAACAUGGCCAGUGCUGCUAAGGAGCACAUCAACAUUUGUGGUGCCAAGCCUGAAGAGAAGGCAGAGAGGGCAGCUGGGGUGGAUGAGGGUAUAGCCGAGGAGAGAAGGAAGGUGAAGGAAGCCCAAGCCAAGAUGGAGCUUCACGAAGCCAAAGCCGAGCACAGGGCCGACCGAUUGGAUGCGAAGCAACACUCUCACCUCUACGGCCAGCAUCAUGACCACCUCCCGCAUGGCCAACACCAAUAUCCGAUUUCGACACCGGGUGGGCAGUAUCCCAUGGGCGGCGCCUCCACUAUAGGAGCGGCUCCGAUGACUGGCACCACGGGUCCUACUUAUCCCGUCGGAGGAUACCCUUCCACAACUAAAUAUGGGUAGAUCAUAGAUGGCUAGCUUCCCAUUAAAACCGUAACUUUUGUUUGCGUUGUUGUGGUAUUUUAUACUUUUGUCUAUGCCUUCUCUGUCAUCGUAAUCUUUGUAAAAUAAUGGAUGGGUUUUUUUUACUUUGAAAAUGGUAACUUUAGUUUCCCAA